AUGCAAGAAAUACCAGAUUUGGAGUCAACAGCGACGAAAAUCUGGGCGGUGAGCGGGGCGCGGUACAGGGGGGAAGAAGUCGCUAAGCCGGGGAGAUCGCUUACGGCGGCUCGACAGCCGGUGACGUGGGGGCGGUCCGCCGACGCCGCCGUGUUAGUAGGCACGCAGGCGGCAGGCGGCUGGCGGGCAAAUCCGGCGGCUUUGCAGUUGGAGCUUAGGCUGGCCGCGGAGGACCGGCAGAAUUUAACCCGGCCAGAUAAGUCGCAAAGCCGAUUAAAUAUCCGAAGGGCGGUCGCAGCAGGAGCGGCGGCGUCGCGACGUGUGGGCUGCCGGCCGGGGGCCGCUCCUCCCGGGCCGCCACCACAGCCCCUCCCGGCACCACCACCACCAGCACCACCGCGAACAGAUGGCCGGCUUGGAUCGCCGCGCUGCGGCGCCUAUCGUUGUGCCGGCGCGCCGCCCUGCCGCAGAAGAGAGAGCCGUCGCCCCCCUCUGCCCCCCCCCCCACCCUGCCCCCGGCCGCCCUAUAAACUGAGCUCUCGCCAGAUCCCGUGCUGCGUGCUGCCUGCUGCCCGUGACGCGGCCAUCGAUCCCGCGAGCCGGCUCAGCCUGAAGGCGAGAACUCGGGCAGCCUCCGCGCUGUGCCGACUUCCACAAGAGGCGUCGCUCCAGUCGCUGCCGCUGGCACUGACGUCGAGGAGGCUGCGUGCACUACAUCCAUUCUCAAGCAUUCCGCCUCUGCUCGUCGUAAUUAAACAGCGACAGGCUAGUGGAACGUUUGUGGCGUCAGCCUGGAACGGCUGA